AUGAUAGGUUCUGGUCUAGUGGGCCGCGCAGCUUACGAAAACAGUGCGACAGAGUUCUACCUGCAUGUACAGCAUGUGUCGAACAAUGGCGGUGGCAACCUGUCUCAUGCAACCAUCCCCAGCUAUGUCAACACUUUGAAGAGAAAACGUGAUGAUCUCAAUGACCAACUACAACGUCAGCGAGCAUCUCGCCCAAGGAAUGCUCCAGCUGAACCACCGCACUCGCCUCGCCCUGCAUCGCGCCGCAGCCUAAUUGUCCAGCAAGAGUUGGGACCCUCUCGAAGAGAUGCUUCCGAGAGUACUGUUCAAGCUGCGAUGGGGGAGAUCGGAUUCUUGUCACGCAGUGCAAUGGCAGAGCCACGAGAUGAAACAAGUGCUUUCUCGGAGGACCUCGGGAUGGGUCGGAUGGUUCGAGCUGCGUUGGUCUUGUCUGGCGCAAAUCCAUCGCAGUCGAGCAUCGAUCCUUAUGGGCAGAAGAUUGCCGCGAUGGGCGACCUGGGUGUUGGUCUUCGAAGGCAGUUGGCUGUGCCUUUUCUUACCAACUUUCUUGAAACGGUGGGGUCUCAACUGGUUCAUAUCGACUCGAAGGAGUUAUGGGCGGAUUUUGAUGCAUUCUUCACGGACUCCGAUGGUUCAGUAGACAAUCACACUUUGAACUCUGCUGCGAAGGUAUUCGUUGUUUGCAUGUCUGUGGCCACUGGCGUCUUGCUUUCACCAGAAUCGGGAAGCCUCCAGGGGCUUGCUGGUGGUCUCCACCGAAAAGCAACAAAGCUUCUCCCAGGGAUUAUGAGCUCUGGUAACAGGGUGGAGAUCUUACACUGCAUGUUGUCCCUGGCUCUUUACUCCAUGCAGAGUCCACAGGGCGGCUCAACAUGGCAUCUUGUUGGACUGGCUAUGAAGAAGGCAAUUGCUUUUAGAUUCCACAAGGAUCCAGAUACAACCGUCAACAUGCCCCCUCACACGCUCUUGAUGCGGCGCAAUAUAUUUUGGAGUCUCUACACUGUUGAUCGGACAAUAAGCACGAUAAUGGACCGGCCAUUCAAUAUCGAAGAUGACGACAUUACCGUGCAAGGCCCUGAGGAGUAUAUGAGUGACUUGCCCCAUAAGAAAAAUGGCUUAGCAAGUCAGUCCAUCGCGCAUGCCCGGCUCAUGUCUGGAAUCCGUGAUGGAGCAUUAGAUAGCGUCCUCUUCCAUUACAGCAAUAUGUGCUACUGGAGAGACUCUGUCCGCAGCAUCAAGUCAGAUGCAUCCGCCUCGAAAUUUACCCAAGGAGUAGUGAUGCAACUGUCAAGUCGGGCUAUUGUCGAGAUUCUGAAGUCGAAUGGUUCCGCAAAUGUUGAGCCAAGUAUGAUUCACAGCUCUCAGACCAUAGAAAGGGAUAUUGUGACGACUUGCGCGGAAUAUAUUGAGAAUGAAUAUCAACGCUCCGACUGCGGUGAAUUCACAGGAGGAUUUGUGGACGCAUAUGACAUCUUCGCGGCAGGUGUGGUCAUUGUUUGUCUGGCUGGGAGAUCCUCGCCAACGUUUGCAGAUGCAAGCAUUUUAAAUAAGUGCACAGCUCUGUUGACCACGGUGGGAGAGAGAUUUGUCGGCCUCAGGGUCUUCCGCCGUGUGCUUUGGGCUCUCUCCGACUCCGUCUCGGGCAAUCCGAAAUUCGACCCGAUCAUCCACGAACUUCCUCAGAUGAUUCCGGAUGGUAUUCGGGAUCUCAUAGCCGAAAGCCUGCGAUGA